AUGCCGUUCAUAACAUCAAGACCAGUGGCGAAGAAUUCCUCUCACUCUUUAUCAGAAACAGAUUUAAACCAGUCCAAGGGACAGCCGUUUCAACCAUCUCCCACCAAGAAAUUAGGGUCCAUGCAACAACGAAGAAGAUCCUCCACCAUCAGGCAUGCGCUUUCAUCGUUACUAGGUAGCGCUAAUGUUCACUCACCUGCUGUCUUGAAUAAUACAACGAAAAGCGGCACUAAUAACGGCAACAUCAGAAGCAGUAAUACAGACGCCCAGCUCCUCGGCAGAAAGCAAAACAAACAGCCGCCGCCAGAGACGAGGCGACACAGUACCACUGCAAUCCCGGGCUCUAUCAGCGAUAGCACUACUACAACUCCAAGAUCCUCGACUUCCGACACUAACCGCCGUGCUUCUGGAAGAUUGUCGGUAGACCAAGAGCCCAGAAUAUCAGGGGGACGCUAUUCACAAAUUGAGGAGGAUAGCACGGUGCUAGAUUUUGAUGAUGACCAUAAUUCAUCGGCCGUAGCGUCAAGCGAUUUAUCGUCAACUUCUAUCUCAAGGUUGGCGAACUCGAAAAAGCUUAACGAGCAGUUUCUCUCAGAAUACUUAACCGCCAGGGGUCUCCUGGGUCCCAAAACAGUUUUAUCCAAUGAAUACUUGAAAAUUUCCAUAUCUACUAGUGGUGAAAGCGUUUUCCUACCAACAAUAUCCUCGAAUGACGAUGAGUAUCUGGCUAGACUAAACGGGCUCAAUGAUGGUACGGACGAUGCUGAGGCUGAUUUUUUCAUGGAUGGUAUAGACCAGCAAGAAGGUAACACUCCUUUUCCCGCUACGACGGCGGCUACCGAAAGUGGUGAGAGCAUAAAUGAAAAUAGAGAUGCACUCUUAAGGGAAAAUAUUUCAGGAGACCACGCAGGCUCCGGUUCGGAACCCAAUGCACGGUCUGUUGAAAUCGACAGUUCCAUGGUCUCCUACAGCAUAGCAGUUAUAGUGUCCGUUAAGAAACCAGUUCGAUUUGCGGACAUGCAAUUAGAAUUAUGUUCAAGGGUUAAAGUGUUUUGGAAUACAGGUGUUCCUCCAACAAAGACAUUUAAUGAGGAGUUUUAUAAUGCUGCGUCAAUGAAAUGGAAUUUGAAUAAUGAAAACUUCGAUUUGUUUGUACCAUUAAGCAUAUCUCCAGAUGAUCAGAUGAUUGAAAACAACGCGAACGAUCGUCAAAUGAGAUUAUUCAAGAAUAUUCCUACGGAGGAAAGACUGUAUUUAGACAAAACUAAAACAAAAUACAACCUUUUCAAUGCCAUAGACUUAAACAAGAGUCAUCUUUACCAACCUGGAGACUACGUAUUCUUAGUACCGGUGGUUUUCUCUAAUCAUAUUCCAGAAACUAUCUAUUUACCCUCUGCGCGCGUUAGUUAUAGACUAAAGCUUGCCACAAAGGCAAUCAAUAGAAAAGGUUUCUAUCGUCAAGAUUCAAACUCUCCACAACCUAUUGUGUCGCCAGACUCUUCCUCAUCACUAAGCUCUACCACAUCUUCAUUAAAACUUACCGAGACAGAAUCUGCUCAGGCCCAUAGGAGGAUAAGCAACACUUUGUUCAGUAAGGUUAAAAAUCAUCUACACAUGAGUUCCCAUCAACUUAAAAAUGAAGAAUCGGGCGAAGAGGACAUUUUUGCAGAGUAUCCAAUUAAAGUUAUCAGGACUCCACCACCCGUUGCAGUAUCCACCGCAAAUAAACCCAUCUACAUUAAUAGGGUUUGGACAGAUUCUUUGUCUUACGAAAUCUCUUUUGCUCAGAAAUACGUGUCACUAAAUAGUGAAGUGCCAAUCAAGAUUAAACUGGCACCAAUCUGCAAAAACGUUUGCGUCAAACGUAUUCAUGUCAGUAUCACUGAAAGAGUCACAUUUGUUAGUAAAGGUUACGAAUAUGAAUACGAUCAAACAGAUCCUGUGGCUAAAGAUCCUUACAAUCCCUAUUAUUUAGAUUUUGCCUCCAAGAGAAGAAAAGAAAGAAGUGUAUCAUUAUUUGAAAUUAGAACUAAGGAAAAGGGCACAAGAGCUCUGAGGGAAGAGAUUGUUGAAAAUUCAUUUAAUGACAAUCUCUUAUCUUAUAGCCCUUUUGACGACGACAGCAAUUUAAAAGGGAAUCAGAAAGAAAGGCUCGGUAUAACGGAACCAAUAAUCAUUGAAACAAAGUUGAAGUUUCCCAAGUACGAAGACUUGGAUAAAAGAACCGCCAAGAUAAUACCACCUUAUGGGAUCGAUGCAUACACAAGUAUCCCCAAUCCUGAAAAUGUGGCAGUUAACGGACCGUCGCACCGUCGCCCGAGUGUAAUAGGUUUUUUAUCCGGCCAUAAAAGCUCGAAAAAUCAUGAAGAAAAUGAGAAACCAGUUUAUGAUCCAAAAUUCCAUCAAACAAUAAUCAAAUCCAACUCUGGGCUGCCCGUGAAAACGCAUACCAGAUUAAACACACCAAAAAGAGGCCUGUACUUGGAUAGUUUACACUUCAGUAAUGUUUACUGUAGACAUAAGCUGGAAAUUAUGCUAAGAAUCAGUAAGCCUGAUCCUGAGUGUCCAUCCAAAUUAAGACAUUAUGAGGUCCUAAUUGAUACGCCUAUAUUCCUGGUAUCUGAAGAGUGCAACAGUGGUAAUAUGGAGUUGCCCACUUAUGAUAUGGCCACAAUGGAAGGCCAAAGCAACCAAACUCCCUUGAGUAUGAAAAGCGACUUCUUUGGAACCACAUGCCCGCCGCCUCCCACUUUCGAAGAAGCCAUAUCCGUUCCAGCUUCUCCUAUCGUCUCACCGAUGGGAUCACCUAACAUUAUGGCUUCGUAUGACCCUGAUUUGCUAUCUAUACAGCAAUUGAACUUAUCAAGAACUACAUCAGUUAGUGGGCCAUCCGGAUACAGCGAUGAUACUGGCCUGUCGAAUGCUAACGUCAUGAACAGCGGUAUUUCGAAUCCCGCAUUUGUUUCAGGCAAUAGUGGCCAAGGAGUUGCUAGAGCAAGAGCUACGUCAGUAAAUGAUAGAUCGAGAUUCAAUAAUCUUGAUAAAUUAUUGAGCACUCCAUCGCCCAUCAAUAGGUCUCAUAAUUCCUCACCAACAAAUGGCUCGUCACAAGUAAAUGGCACUGUUAAGAUUCCAAACGCUCCCAAAGAAACCUCUACCGAUAGUUCGGACGUAUUUUUCAAAAAAGGUUACACUUUAGCAAGUGUCAAAGACGAUGAAGAAGAGGAAGGAAUAGCAAGUUCAAGUUCAGCAAAUUCGCUACCUUCUCAUGGCAAUGAGCCUCCCCGUUAUGAUGAAAUAGUGCCUUUAAUGAGUGAUGAAGAGUGA